UUUUAUGGUUAAGUUAAUCAAAUUUCGCAUAAUUUUUAUCUGAAUUCUGAGAUAUUUUCGUCUGGUGCAAACAGAUGGAAACAGUGAGAAAAGCUCUCUACAAUUUUAAUUCAGUGAAACAUAGUUGGGAAAACUGGGCAGAGAGUCAUCAAAACAGACAGAAAGUUAAUCCAUUUUCAGGAAGUUGGACUCCAGAGGCUCAUGAUCUUCCACCUGUUGGUCACCGUUUGUAUGGAAGACCAAAACCUGGCUCUAAAACUGAAUACAGAGGUAAGAAGGCAGAUAUCCACAUAAAUGAGGAAGUUCUGGAAUUGUGUCAGAUGAUCGAGCACAUCGGGGUACCACUGUCAGAUGGAACCAUCGGUGUCAAGUUUGGUCGACUGUUCGAGUACUACGGAAGGAUAUCUCACAAUUUAGUAGGCCUUAUGAUUCGGGCUCGUCGAAAGGGCCUGGUGCAGUUCGAAGGGGAGAUGCUAUACCAGAGACAGGACGAGGAUGCCCCAAUCAUCCUUCUUCGACCCCCCGACGACCUCAUCACUGAGAUUCAACAGCAGAAAGAAGCUCUUAGCACCCAUGAGUCUAUAGGCAAAAGAUUUUGAGAGUAAAAUUAUAGUUUAGUGUUUGUUUAAUAGUUAAAAAUUGAUUGAGGCUUUAAAAGUGAAUGUACACAUGAUACAAAUUGAUCUAAUGGUAGUUUUACAAAAAUUAAAUUGUUAAAGAGAUUAUUAUUUAUUGAGAUUUUAUGUUUUUUUGAAUUUUACAAGUCAGUAUUGUAAUGAGUUAUAAAUGUGAUUUUGAUGAUGGUAUGAUGAAAAUUUUACUUUUUUUAAAUAAUAAACUGCGUGAUGAUAUAUGAUAUUAAAUAUGAUUAAUCAUUAUAGUACAGUGAUGAUGAGGUGUCAUAUUAAUGUGGAGAUAGCAAUAAUAUACAGGCAUAUACUAUGUUGAUAGUAAAGUUAGUUAAAGUAAUGUUAGGAACAGAUUAGUGUAUAGAGAUUUUUAAAAGGUAGUUUUACAAAUCUUUAUUUUUUUGAAGUUUUUUUUACUAAUACAUGUCGUAUUUUUAGCAGUGAUAUUGU